GGAGGAGUGUUAUAUUUAUUAAUAAAAAAUUAUUUAAAAAAAAAUAGUAAUUAUAAAAAAAAAUUAAAUGGUAAUGAAACCUAUGUAAGAAACUCUCACGUGUCCAUUUAUGAAAAUACUUAUAUUUUUUUUAUUAGUUAAUUCUCAUCGUACCUUUCGUUUUUCUUUGUCCUUAUGCCCGGCAGUUUUGCAAAUACUUUUGUGCUGUCCGAGAUAACUGUGGAGUGCAGACCUUUCAGUCUUCUCCACGUGGAUUGGCAGCAUCUGAUUUAUCCUCAAACUACAACCGUCCGAUCUGUCCCACUGCCAGCUGACUCUCCAUCCAACAGUGAAUUCGGUUCAACGUACGGGCCCCAGACUACCCAACACGCACGAGGCUAACAUGCGCCAUUCGGCCCCCUUCCUCGAACUCGAACCCUCCGCCGGCUGCUCAUCCUCUGAGUCUUUACCGGUUACCACCACUGUUCACGGGUUCCACCACAUACUUCAUUUACCUUCCUCAGCAUGUCUCACUCUAUGCGACUCUCCCCAUCUCUCAAACUCUCUCAAUCGAAAAAUCCACCGAGACGUUCUCGGCAUUUCCCAAUCUCAGGCCUCAAAUCAUCUUCUUUGGUUGCGGAUACUGUGUUUUGUCGCAAGCAAUUUCCUGCAAUCGCUGCCCAAAUUACAGCUCCUGCGACUGCUUGGAGAGAAGAAGGGCCUCUGGAGGGCCUCGAUGACCUGCCGUUCUCGGUUGAGCUCGGACCCAUUUGCAGCGAAACCCAGUUCGAUCGAAUCGUCGCCGAGGCGCAACAGCUUGAAGAAUCCUUGAUCAUCGUCUGGAUGGCAAGCUGGUGCAGGAAAUGUAUACAUUUGAAACCAAAACUGGAAAAAUUGGCUGCUGAUCACUAUCCCAGAAUUCGGUUUUACUAUGUUGAUGUCAAUGCAGUCCCACACAGGCUUGUAGCCCAUGCAGGAGUCACUCUGUGGAGCAGCUAUGGAGAGGUACUGAAAAGCAAGCUGAGGUGAUCGGAGGACACAAAGCAUAUUUGGUUGUAAAUGAGGUCCGCGAGAUGAUUGAAAAUGAUUGUAAUAUAUAAUUUAUUUAAUAAAAAAAAAUUCUCUUGCAAACCCCCCAAAUUUUAAACAUGCUAGGGUCACAGCUGAGAUGUAUAAAAGAAAAAUGGCAUUUAUGUUCAUUUGAGUCACUGCACCAUAUCAAUGUUUCUUCUUCAAGAUGAAAAACAGUUGAAUUCCUUGCAAUGAAAGAACAAAAAUGGAUUCAUGAGGGUU